AUGUAUGCUUUUGGUGACUGUAAAAACCAACACAGUAUCCGAUGUCAGCAAUGUGAUAAGCUAUUUCACCUCUUUGAACAAAUCGAAACUCUAUUACCCAGUGAACAUUCUCAAAAACUUAUUGAAUACAAGGAAAAACUCUGCUUCUUUCUUGCACAUCAAGCUCGAAAAGUGUAUCUAAAUACCCAAUUCCAGGCAGAGAUAUUAAAUUUAGAUGAGAAAGAUGCACUAAUUUUAGCUGAUUACAAGAUGAAGAUAUUAGAAAAAAAAAUGACAAGGAGGUUAAGGUUUAGGCAUUUGACCAUAGACAACAGAGGACAUUACCACAGCUCUGAAGUAAUGGCAGUGGUUUCUAAUUGGUAUCAAUGGUAUACUAUUGAGGUCAAGGAUUGGUAUUUUUUUGAAGCUGGUGAAGCUAAAUUAUUGGUUGAUUCAUAUUACGCUACAAUCUUAUAUGCGAUAGCCAGAUAUGUACGUGUAGGUCAUGAUCUCGAUAGUGGAGAAAAAAUUCAAGAAGCAAUUCAAGAUCUCGGGGAACUCGGGUUGCACAUAUUGAGCCUCUUCACAAUCAUGUGA